UACUGUUGAGCUUGUAACAGCUCCAUAUCAUCAUGAAUUUAAGUAACUUUCUCUUCGUCUUACUACUGAUAUCCAUACUGCUGCUGUUCAGUGCACCGGCUGCAGAGUCUACAUUUAUUCUGAUGGCUUGCUUGCUUAACUCCCCACUUUGUCCGUUCAGAUCAACAACAACAUAAACUUAUGGACAAUAUUAAAUGGCCGAAAAAAAGGAUUAAACAAAAUAAAAACAAAGAAAUUGUAUAAAAAUAAUUGCAAGAUGAGUGCAUGAAGUCAAUAAAUAUAUGUUUUGUGCAUUCAA